GAUAUGGCCCUUGUUGCUCCUGAAGCACCUUCAGAACAAGCUAGAAGAGUUUUCCAGACAUAUGACCCUGAGGAUAAUGGUUUUAUACCUGACACUCUGCUAGAAGAUGUAAUGAAGGCUCUGGACCUUGUUUCAGAUCCUGAAUAUGUAAACCUCAUGAAGACCAAAUUAGACCCAGAAGGACUGGGCAUCAUAUUACUGGGUCCCUUUCUGCAAGAAUUUUUCCCUGAGCAGGACUCCAGGGUUUCAGAGUCGUUCACUGUUUACCAUUACAAUGGACUGAAGCAAUCUAACUAUAAUGAAAAGGUCAUGUAUGUGGAAGGCACAGCAGUUGUUAUGGGUUUUGAAGAACCAAUGCUACAGACCGACGACACUCCUGUGAAACGCUGCUUGCAAACCAAAUGGCCAUAUAUAGAAUUACUCUGGACCACAGAUCGAUCUCCUUCUUUAAAUUGAUAUGUUGUACAUAAACAUCAUACUACUAUCGAAUGCUUGAAUGGGGAUACAAGAGUCCGUAUUUGCUCGGAAAAGGGUAUACUUUGACUGUGUGGAGUUAUACACUGGUAUCAUUAAUGAAUUGUAAAUAACGAUUACAAACACUUUUUCAGUGUUAAUUGGAAUAUUUAAUUUUUUAAUCAGAUUGAUUUCUAUUAUAAUAGUUUGUCUUUUUUGGCCACUGUAGUACUGUUAAUGUGAGUUAUCCUAAAAAAAAAAAAGCCUACUUAUAAAGUCUUAAGAUUUGCCAUCUCAUGAAGAUUUGAAAAUCAUCUGAUAUUGCAGAAUCUGCAUAUUAGAUGUCAGAUCUUUAAAACAUAAAACACAUUCAGCUUCCUCUGGACCAUAUAGGCAUGCUUUAUUAUUUAAAUUAUAUUGGCUUACAUUACAGUACCAUAAUGUGUGGACUAGUCUGGCCUUUGCACUGGAUAUGUUUUAAUGAGUUUAAAUUUUCUGCAGUUUUUCCUAAAAUCUAAUUUUACAUAAAGAGCUUGCACAAUGUGACAUAAAUAUGAUACAUUUUUAGAAAUAUUAAUUAGUAUAAUUCAUAGAUACUCUUUCUUGGCAGUUGUAUAUUACUGUGGCUUAGUUAUCGGGCAUGUUAAAAGUGAACACAAAAUCUGAGGAAAAACAGAUGUAUUAAUAUUUAUUUGAAUUUGUAUAAAAGAAAUGUAAAAACAUCGGAAAGAAUUUCUUGUUCUAUAAUCUCUAACCUAUUAAAACUUAAAAUAUUGCCAAAUACCUCUUCUCAAUUUGUCCAAACAGCAGUGUAAGCCAGCGUUAUUGUAUGUGUUAAGUGCAUGAGAACAUCUGUUAUUACAUUAUUAUAUUCCUUUAUUUAUUACCAACUUGUUAGCCCUAAAAUAAAAUCUUUUCCUUGAAUCAU